GCGGCUUCUCACACCCUCUCCUCCUCCUCCCUCCUGCCGCUGCUCUCUCUCUCUCCGUUCCUGAUCGGCAAGGCAACUUAUUGAAGCAGCCUCUCUCCCUCGACGGCUGGACCUCAACAAUUGUUUGUUCUUGAGGCCCGCCAGACCUUAAUAAUCUUGCUGGCUGGCUGGCUGGUAACUUACUAAUCUAGCUAGCUAUAGGCGGCUCUGACCCUCUGAUAAUGGUCUUGGACUCCAUCGGCUUCUUCUUCGUCGUCGUCAUAGUCAUCCCCCGCGCGCUGCUUAGGAAGAGCUUCUAUUUCUGGAUCUUCCACGUCUUCAACAGAUAUCCCCUCCUCAACCUCCUCCUCUUCCAUUGCCAGCCGCGCACUGAUCUAUCUACUAACCGCCGCUCUAGCUAGCACACAGCCUACACAUACGCAUCUGCUGCCUGAAAUAUUUGCUUGGCAGAGUUGACAUUUACAUUCGAUCUCUCGGUUACUAGUGUAGUAGUAGUGUUGGAUCGGCAGCAUUUAUUUGCUUCCCCCUGCCGCUGCCGGCCAUGGGCACCAUGACCCUGCCGCCCGGGUUCCGCUUCCACCCCACCGACGACGAGCUGGUGAGCUACUACCUCAAGAGGAAGGUGGACAACCUCAAGAUCGAGCUCGAGGUCAUCCCCGUCGUCGACCUCUACAAGUCCGAGCCAUGGGAACUACCAGACAAGUCGUUCCUGCCGAAGCGCGACCUGGAGUGGUUCUUCUUCUGCCCCCGCGAUCGCAAGUACCCCAACGGGUCGCGCACCAACCGCGCCACGGCGACGGGCUACUGGAAGGCGACGGGCAAGGACCGGCGCGUGGCGUGCGACGGCGGCGUCUACGGCCUCCGCAAGACGCUCGUCUUCUACCGCGGCCGCGCGCCAGGCGGCGAGCGCACCGACUGGGUCAUGCACGAGUACCGCCUCUGCCAGGACCUCGUCCACGGCGCGUGCAACUUCAUCGGCGCCUACGCGCUGUGCCGCGUGAUCAAGCGGCACGAGGCCGGGCUGCUGCUGCCGCCGCCUGCGAGCAGGGCCAAAGCGGCCGGCAGCGCGAGAGGGCACAUGAUGAGCGAGGUCUCCAGCGGCGAGCAGCUAAGCGCGUCGUCGUCGCCGUCGCCGUUCACGCCCGCCAACUCCAGCCCCACUCGUCCCACGCUGGACGCGGCGGGAGCUGUAACGUGCGCCAUGGCUCCUGAACCCGGCAACGCGUUCCAGCUGGCGCACGACGCGAGCGCGGCCCUUCCCUCCCUCGCGCUGCCUCCGCCGCCCCUGCUCCUGCCGUCUCCCCACGAGGACGACACGUUUUUCGUCAGCGAAGGCCUCCCCGCCGCGGCGGCGGUGGUUCGGCGGAGACAUGGGCGGCGUCUCGGAGUCGGAGCAGGAGCUGAAAUGGGACGCCUUGUUCCCCUGCACAGGCACGUUCCCGAGCGUAGGUGUCGACACGUGGAACGCGGCGGCCGCGAGCCCGACGACCAUGCUGUGCCGGCAGGCGAGCGACGGCAUCGACGACCUGGCCGCCUUCUUCUUCUCGGAGGACAACAGGAUCGUCUUCUGAAUCCUUUUAAUAACAGAACAGAGCACAGCACAGCACAUAUUGGGAACUAUUGCUACAGAGGGUGAUGGCGUCUUUUUUAUUACAGUCUUCUCUGUAGCACUCGGUCGGUGUGCUGUGUACGGCCGUGUCACUUUCUAAUACUACUUAGUACUACUACUACUUGCGUGCUUGACCAGUACUGUACUGUGAUGUGUACGACAACGCAAAAUAUUGCACUGCUUUGUAGCCCCUUGUUAACCAUUCUCAAUUCAAUGCCAUUAUUGUAUUGUACCCCGGCAAUUACAUGUUGCGUGCAGUGCUGCGAUCACGAUUGGGGUUUCUGUUCAUCAUCAUCAGCAGCAGAAGAAGAAGAAGCUACUCCAAGCAAGGUAGGGAAGUAGGCACAGUAUAACGUUGAAGGUGGUGUGGUGGCAGCCAGCUGAAAUAGCUUCAUGAGAUGAGAAGAUGGCGCGCGGAAAGCAAGGGAUGGCUUAGCAGCCAAGGACGAACCAAGCAGCUAGCAGACCAGUUACGUGACCAUUCACCUCAGGGAAACGAAACGGUGGACACGAACAUUCCCCAGGAACCUGGACGACGGCACGCAAUUCAGAGCCAGGAAAGCGCUACUAGUAUUAUUCAGGACAGAAAGGGGACGGGAGAAUAUAUAGCAUGGGCCAUGGGGGAAACAGGUCGCCGUCGUUCCACGAAUCUGACGGCGAAAGGAGGUGAGGGCGGCGAGCAGCCAUCGUCAGCAAGUGAUAAUCAUGUUCAUGUCAAACGCGGGUGCGCGCUCCCUUUUUCUCUCAGUCUCCGCACCGCACCAGCUUGCGAAUGUUUUGCGCUGGGAGCAGCGGAGAGUCGGCCGGAGGAAUCCCUGUCUCUGCUUGCUUUGGCCUGGUGUCUAGUAUAUUCUGUCGACGCCUGGUGUCUAGUAAAAGUUGGUGAAAACUUGGCUGUAUA